AUGGCACAUUGUAAGCUGGUGAAGCAACUCGUAGCGACACUUGCACUGCUCUGGAGAGCGUGCUGGUGUCAGUCGAUGGCGGUUUACCCGAGAAUUGAGCUGCUGGCCCGGUCCGUGAUCACAAUCUCUGUUGAAGAGCUAUGGCACUCGCCAACGUGCAACAGUGCCAGCUUCCACCGUGGCGGGAGUGGUUCCAGCACGGAGACGCUAUCUUCUGGGGUGGCAGUGCCGGAGAGCUCGAGCUCAGUGGAGAGGGAUAGGAUGAGUGGGCUUGGUUCUGCGCUGGAGCGCCCUGUGGUACACGGAGGUGGCAUGGGCAGCGAGCUCAGUGGCAUGGGCAGCGAGCUCAGUGGCAUAGGCAGCGAGGCCUCAACGGGCUCGAGACACCUCUUGCGUAGGAUCUAUAGGAGAAUUGCACGGCGGGUUCACCUACGUAGGCGUAGGCUGAGCACCAGCGGUGCUCAUGGAGCCGGCGUGGACUCUCUGGGACCCAGUGCACUCGCAGAUGUGCUCUUCUUGCCUGUACAUGAAGGCUAUGUUAGGCGUCAGUGGAACACUGAGAGCACACAGCAGCGACACCAUCUGCAGAUUGCGCUGCAGAGCCAAAGACGGGCAUCGCAGGGGAUCUCAAUGGCUCGAAGAAACGAGGCACAGAGAAUGGAACAGCUGCGAAUGCCACAGCCUGGAAUGCCACAGCCUUCAAGCAUUGUUCCACUGUUGAAUAAUUUAAGCCUACUGGAGUCCAUGAGCCCUGCUGAAAUGGAGCAGACCUGGCAAACUGACAAACAGCCCCUGUCUACAGACUCGAGUGAAGACAAGGAUGACACCGUAUCGACCAGGCGUAGAACGUUUAGGUACACUUUGGGCCGGGCCAGGGAUCUAUACAAGAUGUUGGGGAGAUUUGAAGAGUUCUUCGGCGCAAAACAGCCCGACAUUGGCAUCCAAUUGGACUCCACACCAUCACACGAGCACACGAGCUUACUAUCGGCUUCGUCUUUGUAG